CCAGCUGGGUCUGUUCUCACAGGAGCUUCUGCACAGAGACUGGGAAACAUGGCUUCAAAGCUGGACAAUUUCCAACUAUGUCUCUUGCUGUUGCUGGGGAUCUUAGGAACAGCUGUGUCAUUCCAGGCCAUCCCUCGUAAUUUAACCCCAGCUCAGUGGUUUGCAAUUCAGCACAUAAAGAUGGCCAGGAGCAUUGCAUGUGGCAGUGCAAUGCGGGUAGUAAACAGUUACACAGGACACUGCAAAGGCAAGAACACUUUUCUUAAUAUAACUUUCAGCGAUGCUGUGGAUACUUGUGUUCACACCCCAAAAAUGCGCUGCCUGAGAAGCUCCAGGACAAAUUGCCAUCAGAGCUCACGCCGGGUACCGUUAACAGACUGUAUCCUGACCAGAAAUGCAAAGGACUACAGGAAUUGCACAUAUAGAAAGUUAACAAAAAAUAAAUCCUAUGUAAUUGCUUGUGCCUACAAAUCUCCGAAGGAUUCUCCUGUAUUCCCAAUAGUUCCGGUUCACUUAGAUGGGACAGUGUAG